AUGUCGUCGUCGAGACGACCUUCGGUUGUGUGGUACCGCGGCCACGACCUCCGUGUUGAGGACAUGCCAGCGUUGCUUGCUGCCGUGCAGCGCGGAGGCCCGGUGGUGCCGGUGUUCAUCUGGGCACCCGAAGAGGACGGUAUGUGGUGUCUCGGCCGACCGGCACGUUGGUGGUUGAGUCGUUCCAUUGUUGCACUUGACCGACGACUUCGGGAGCUAGGUUGCGAAACCGGGUUAAUUCUGAGGCGUGCGAAGUCGGAAAGCGGCGGCGGCGGCGGCGUCGAGACGACGCUUCUGGAGGUCGUGAAACGCUGCGGUGCCGAGGCUGUGUACUGGAAUCGGGUCUACGACCCUGUUGUGUUACGCAGAGAUGAGGAAGUGCGGCGGCGAUGGUCGAAGCACCACCGCCUGGCUGUUGAGUCCUUCAAGGCGGAGCUCCUGGUCGAGCCGUGGGAGGUUUGUGCAACAGAGAGCAGGCCCGCGAGCUUUGGGGACCGUCCGCUCGACACCUUCCACGAGUUCAUGUCAGCGUGGAUGGCUAUGCCACCACCCCCAGAGCCGUUGCCUGCACCUAAGCGAAUAGAGCCGCUCAUUGCCUCCCAGUCGGGAGAUCAGGGGCCUCUGUUCGCUGUGCCCGAGUCCACGAUGCAACCGUCGGAUGUGCUGCAGUCGCCCGGCGGCGAGGAUACCGACACUGAAAUGGGAAUUUGGUGGAACCAGAUACACAACUUAGGCAGCCUUGAGGAGUACUGGCGCCCCGGCGUGGAUUGUGUAGCAGAGCGCCUGCAAGACUUCUUGACGAGUGUCUUUCCGACGUAUGGGGACGCUCGAAGACGACAGCGUCUCCGAAACGGGACAUCACGGCUUUCGCCGUACCUACGGUUCGGAGAAUUGUCACCGCGGCGCCUCUACCACGCUGUUCGGGCGUCUGUACUGCAGUCUGAGCCAUCAGAUGCAAUAAUUCGGGCUGCUCGAACGCUCCUGAGAAACCUCUGCCUCCGCGAGUACGCUUAUCAUAUGCUAUUUUACCGACCAUCGAUCCUGGAUAGACCACUGGUGCCAGAAUUUGAUCAUUUUCCAUGCACCAAGGAAGAUGUGGGCCGUCUCCUCGAGGUGUGGCUCUCGGGACGCACGGGCUACCCACUCGUUGAUGCGGCAAUGCGGGAACUGCACCACACCGGCUGGUUGCAUUCGAAUCUGCGGUUUCUUGUAGCUUCUUUUUUUACCAAGUACCUUCUCCUGCCGUGGCAGAUCGGGGCUCGUUGCCUCUUCAAACUAUUCAUCGAUGGCGAUCUGGCGAGCAACGCGAUCUGCUGGCAGUGGGUGACGGGCUGCAACUACGACGUUUUCCCCUUGAAUUGCCUCGUGAACCCAGUCGUGAUGGGCAUGCGCGUAGACCCCGAGGGUGAGUACGUGCGUACCUGGUGUCCAGAGUUGCAACAGAUCCCCAGUAGCUACAUCCAUGCGGUGUGGAAAUGCCCUCCGACGAUUCUGCAUCAGGCUAGGGUUGAACUGGGUGUCACCUAUCCGCGACCGGUUGUCGAGAAUCGGGUAGCACGUCGCCGAGCCCGGGACGCGCUUCGAUACCUUCGCCAAGUUGUGCUGAACAAGCGCGGCUACGGUGUGCGGGUCCCGAAUACGCUAUCGCUGAAGGGGACUCAGGAACUCAUGAGCGAUUGGCCCAUUGAUGAGGUCUACAACGUGUUGGAUUCUAAACAGGAAGACCUCUUCGGGCUGAGCGAUCUUGGUCACGAACUACCUAGCGGAAGGCAGCCUGAGCGUCCCAUGCGAGAUAGCGACGCCAGCAUCGAUGAUCAGGAAAUAGCUGGUGAUUCGAUCGGAGGCGAUCAUGUUGGACUGCUCCCACGGGUCUGGUCCAUGAGCCAAGACGAUCCGCUGCACAACGUUUUUGAUCUGGGCGGCAGUGCGAGCGGGGCGAAUGGCGCGCAGCUGGCGGGGCCUUCCCCGGGUCUUGGCGGCAGUAACGGUUACGCUCAGGGACCAGGUGGCGGAAACGGAGGCUCCUCUUUGAUGUACGGUGUGAGUGCGGGCACAUUUGGGAACCAACAAAUGGCGCUUGUUUCGAGCGGCAUGGGCAUGGGCAGCAGCGGCGUUGGUGGUGGCGGCGGCGGCGGCGGCGGCGGCUCCGACCGCAGCAUACCCGAGGUCGUCGUGGGAGCUCCAAGUAGCGUGGAUGAAGAUUCCUACACCGAGAAACUGCACCGCGUCGAUUCGUUUCAUGCACUCUUGUCUGCUGGUGCAACCACGCCACUUGCACGCGGCUCGAUCAUGGAGCCCACUGGACGAGUCCCGGGAACAAAUCCUGACUUUAUGCGCGCGCCUCCGACGGAGCAUCUCAGUAGCCUGAGCGGCAUUGUAGCGCCAAACGCCAGUCAUCCGUCGUCCGCGGUGCAUGUGUCGACGUCGGGAAGCCGAUCGCUUGUGACGGCUGGUGGAGCGGCGGCAGCCCUGUCACCCGGCCAGAUGAUGCGCACGCCCAACGCGGCGGUUGAUCCAGGUACCACGAGCGCAUCGCCGCUGUUGCUGCACCAUACUGGUGGGGCGGGCCACGGUCGAGGCAGUUCACGAGGCACCGCCACGUUACCGGGGUCACAGUCGCAGCCGAUGGGUACUCGAUCGAUGCUGAACGCCAACCUGCCCGGGUCUGUUUUUGCGUUCGAGUCCGGAGAACCGGGCGCCAUGCCUCGCCCAGCACCGGGUCAUUCGCUGGGACCCGAAACCAGCGUUUCCGCACCUGCCUCGUGGGCGCUUAUCAAUGAGCGUCCGUCGUUGUCGGCAGCUGAGGAUGCGAGCGUGCACCGGCGACCCGGCGCGAUGCCGGCAUCGACCUCGACUCGGUACGAUAAUGGCGAAGCUGCGCGGUAUCUAGAGGACAGAGCUGGACGGAAACGUGCACUAGCUGACGAAGGCGUUUGCACCAACCCUGACUUGACGAUGCCAGAGAGGUUCCCCGCGGUGGCUGCCGCGCGAGUUACGCAGCGCUUAGAACAUGAUACAGCGGGCAGCGUAUCAUCUGCAGCGAAAACCAAGCGAAGAGCGUCCGGUGCUGCAGCCGCACCGCAAGCACCGGCCCAGCAGCGAACGCGCGAUGGAUCCGCCCCGAAUGAGGCUCCUGCUCCCGGAUCCAGCGCCUUGCACCAUGACGCAACGCGUGCCCCCGCUGGAAGCCGCUGGCUCGAGCAAGGCGCCAGUGGCGAAAGUCUCGACGUGCGCUCUUCGUCGGCCUCGAGCGACCGCACAGCACCGAUCACCCUUGAGGGUCUGGGAGACGUCGAGCCGCCCCAGACCCGGAGCGAACGACUCGAACUGCUGGAGCGCAUCCACCGGAGCGAUAACGCGUACGCCCGAUUCGCGGGUUUCCUUCUCCAGCACUACGAUAUCACAGAGAAUGUGCGCCGAAACCCCAAGAGCACGGAUUUCGUACGUUUACGGAAUCUCAAAGACCACUUCAAUCGAUACAGUGCACCACCACGGGCUGGUCAAGGUGCCGCUCAUCGGGAGCCGCUCAGAAUUUACCGAAUCAAACAAUUUUUCAGCAAAAUACUGAACCUGGAGGUCACCGGCGAGUGGGAUCGACACGCACACGGCGGAGUGCGCGGCCCGUACGUGUACGGCCUGGUGCUGCGCGCGGAUGCGCUACAGCGUGCCGCGCCCUGA